AUUACUGUAUUUUUAGUAUUUUUCUUUCACCGCAUAUUUGGUGUCAAAUGCUGAUACUAUGUGGGAAUGCAUAAAGAUGGAUGAAGAGCUCUGUUAUGCUCAGUGUGCUGCGGGCGCCGAGUGUCAACUGAGCGCUAGUGACAGCUUUGGGAUGAAGUGGACCUCUCAGCAAGACCUGCUGCUGCCUCCAACAACGUCAGUAUGAGUUUACGUGAGAUCAACGAGAACGUGAAGUUGGCUCGUGAAUACGCUCUGCUGGGAAACUACAACUCUGCAAGCGUUCUCUAUCAAGGCUUGCUGGAACAAAUCAAUAAGUACGUGUACACCACAAGAGACGGCAGUCUUCAGCAGAGAUGGCAGAAGUUGUGGCAGGAAGUGAGUGAGGAGAACAGACAGGUUCAGGUGAUCAUGUCCACCCUGGAAAGCUUUCGUCUGGACGCGGCGCCUGCUAAACCAAUUGACCCAGAUGAUUGGGAAGUACGGCCUGUGCACGUUGAACCGAGACAUUCUCCAAGUCCCAUCAGGCCACCUGCAAACCCUUAUAAGGACAGCAAACCUCCCAACAACCGCCUCAGCGUGGCGGUCAGGGCCCAGCAAAGACAUUCACCCCGCGGGGCCAAUGGGGACAGAAACAAACCCACUAAAGGCAAAGAUAAAAAGGAAACAAAAGAGGCUGCUGGCAAAGCAAAGGAUGAUAAGAGCAAAGGAGAAGGCCAGGAAAAGGAAGUGAAGAAGUUUGAUGGGGCAGGAUAUGACAAAGACCUCGUGGAGGCCCUGGAGAGAGAUAUCAUAUCUCAGAAUCCAAACAUUAAAUGGGACGACAUUGCGGACCUGGGUGAUGCAAAAAAACUCCUGAAAGAAGCGGUGGUGCUGCCAAUGUGGAUGCCAGCCUUUUUCAAAGGCAUACGAAGACCGUGGAAGGGAGUGCUCAUGGUGGGACCUCCCGGCACAGGGAAAACCCUUUUAGCAAAAGCUGUGGCCACUGAAUGCAGGACCACCUUCUUCAACGUCUCCUCCUCGACUCUGGCCUCCAAGUACCGAGGAGAGUCUGAAAAAUUAGUGCGCCUGCUUUUUGAAAUGGCACGCUUUUAUGCUCCCACCACCAUCUUCAUCGAUGAGAUAGACUCCAUGUGCAGUCGCAGGGGAACCUCCGAGGAGCACGAGGCCAGUCGGAGGGUCAAAGCGGAGCUACUGGUGCAGAUGGACGGUGUGGGAGGAGCGUCGGAAAGCGAUGACCCUUCAAAGAUGGUGAUGGUGCUGGCUGCCACCAACUUCCCGUGGGACAUAGAUGAGGCUCUGAGAAGACGUCUGGAAAAGAGGAUCUACAUCCCUCUGCCCUCUGGCAAAGGACGGGUGGAGCUGCUAAGGAUUAACCUGAAGGAGUUGGAGCUGGCCAGUGACGUGGACUUGGACAAGAUCGCGGAGCAGAUGGAAGGAUACUCGGGGGCAGACAUCACAAACGUUUGCAGGGACGCUUCGCUGAUGGCCAUGAGGCGGCGAAUCGAAGGCCUCACGCCGGAGGAAAUCCGCAACAUAUCCCGAGACGAGAUGCACAUGCCCACGACCAUGGAGGACUUCGAAACAGCCCUGAAGAAAGUCUCCAAGUCGGUGUCUGCAGCCGACCUGGAGAAGUAUGAGAAGUGGAUUGAGGAGUUUGGCUCGUGUUAAGGUGCGAAACAGCAGUUUUAGUCUCUCAUCAGCCCUGGAGGUGUCACCGAAAAGUGCUUCGUUGGCUUUUCUUUUGUAGUGGAAAGUCACUUUUGCAGAGGAAAAAUAAGUAAAUCAAAUUGUCAAAGAACUGACUAGAGGACACGCGCACAAACACACCACAUUCCUGUGCCUUCAUAUUCGCCUUGAAUCUUGUAUCUAUGAAACACGAAAAAGGUCAAUCUUGACACUGUUUUUAUAUGAACUUAUGUAAUAUUGAUGCCAAUUCUAUAACUAUAUUUCUAUAAAUAAAGUCAACUAUGUAUUUAAAGAACUGUUUUUUUUUUUGUACGUUAGGUACUGAAAACAAAAAUUUGACAAUUUGAAGUAUGAAUAUUUGCAAGACUACGUGUACAAGGCAAAGGAAUUUUAAAUCCGUUCCUACAAAGUCAAAUUUUUGUGUAAGUCGGAACUCAUACCUAAAUUGAGUGACACUUAAGUCGCUCGCACUAUGCACAGAACACAUGAAGGAGUUAAAAUAGUCAUAAAAACACUAAAUACAAAAAUUAAAAGAAGGCAUAAUAAAAAAAAACAUACAAAUUCCUUACAAUUAUGCCUGCGGUUUAUUGGGAGGUGGAAGUAGAAGCUGCAGGAGAAUUAUUGAAUCUGGUCUUGCAGCCAAAGCACUAGAAACCUUUCCAUCUCAAUAAGACCACUAUUAGGUUAUUACUGUCACUUUCAUAGGAACAGAUACAUGCUUAAAGAUACAGCGAUAGUGUUAGAGUGGGUUUUUUGACUGUCAGUGAACGUGACAUGAGUCUUUAUAUAUAUAUAUAUAUAUAUAUAAAAUGUAAAGGGAUAUAAAUUUUGGAAAUAAGGGCAUAAGGGCCAAUAUUUUAUUUAAAAAAAUAUAUAUAGUUAGAAAUCCAACAGUUUUUUUUUUUUUUUUGCAUGUUUAAGGCAAGUGGGAUGCAGAAGAGAAUGGGCGGUGCAGAGGGGACAGGGAAGAGACUUCCCACAGUGCAAUUCUUCUUAAAGGGCCGGGCUCAGAAAAUCCGCGAUAGAGCGAGGGAACACUAGUUAAAUAAUAAGCCAUGUUAUCCUUGGUCAGUGUAGGUGCACGUGAGGCUCACAUACUGCAGUGUAUUCUUCCGCUCUAACUAGUUUUCGAGCGAGUCUCAUGUUUGCAGCCCAAAAUAACAUGCGUACUUAACUUACGGGAGGAAAUGGACUUUCACUUGGAUAGCGCUUUGACACUGUUAACACCUACCUGAGCCAUGCCGCCACCAGCCUGUUCAUGACCACGGAACGCCAUCAACCGGGCAUCACCUGUACUUAGACUCUUCAUUGUCAUUGCACAAUGCACACAAAAUUGGGGUACUGUCCCACGAUGGUGAAAAAGACAGUGACAAGUCUUAAAAUAAGGACCAACCCCACCAGUCCUCCAAAGCGGAAAGUCAAGUCAAGACAAGGAUUCAGUCCAGCUUGUAACCAAUCAAAUUUAUGCACACGUGUUUGAAUAUUUCAUGGGUCAAACAGCAUUCAAACAGAAAUGUCAAUCAUCUCAGCUUCCAGGCAUAUUUACAUCAUCGGUACAAAAAGUAGCAAAUCAAUGUGGAAUUCCAAGUCCAGUGAGCUAUCUUGUAGAAAGAACAUUUUAAGUACACGUGCAGUACAUCAUGCUUUGUGCAGCUGAACUGGAUGCUUAAAUGCAACACAGCACCCUAAGAUGGGCCGAACUGCAUUAAAAAAAAAAAAAAGGUCCCCAAAAGUGCAGUGUUUUCACAAUCCUGUGUGCACAUGCUCUAGCGCAGUGGGUAUGAAUAACGAGUGUUGUUCACAUGCAGGGAGCUAAUACAUGUUUUAUCACACUGCUGUAAGAAAGUGAUGGACACUUAAUUAGAGAAUAGUACUGAUAUCCUGGGUCUGUGCAAAAAUACUUGUUUAUCUAAGCCAGGGGCGUCCAAACUAUUUCCAGUGAGGGCCACAUAGUGAAACAUGAAAGGAUGCCACUUGGAUAUUUUGUAACG